AUGCAGCCAAUCUUUAGAGUUGUACCAAACGGAGUGGAAAUACUAUUGUACGCGGACGAUAUUCUUCUCAUCGUGCGAGACCGGAAAAUGGAAGCGUUACAUCGAAAACUACAGGCCGCUGUCAAGGCUGCCGAUAAUCCCAAUGCGCGACGUAGCCCUUCACGCAACAUCACCAUCGAUCGGGUCGUCGUGCCAUACACAAACCGACUGAGAACUCUCGGUGUUACAUUGGACCGCACACUGAACUUCAAGGCACACUGCAAGAUGGUGAAGGAGGCAUGUGCAUCGAGACUACGAGUUAUGAAAGCGAUUGGCGCCUAUCUUCCGCGUGGUAAACGGGAACUGACGGGUAACACCCUACCAACUGUAGAACAACUACCCAGGCGAAGUAAUCGUGUGUGGCAUGCACCAAAACCGUCAAUUGUCUGGGAUGUGAAGAAAGCAGUACGCGCCGGCGAUCCUCCUGAGAAAGUUCGGCCCAUUAUCCAGAACAUUCUAUCCAGCCGAUUCCACCAAUCAUCCGUGUUAUACACUGAUGGAUCCAAAUGCGAGAACACAGUGGGUGCCGGUCUUUAUAGAAAAGGAUUGGGACGGAUGCGCAGCCUUCCACAACACUGCAGUGUUUUUUCGGCAGAAGCUUUUGCUAUCCGUAUGGCACUAACAGUCCCAAACAUCAAGGAUUUGGUAAUCCUCACGGAUUCAGCGAGUUGCCUGUUGGCCAUAGAGACUAGUAAAUCUAAGCACCCUUGGAUACAAGAGAUAGAAAAUAUAUCACGCGGUAGAUCUGUCCGGUUUUGCUGGAUCCCUGGUCAUGCCGGCAUUCAAGGCAACAACGAAGCCGAUCGACUGGCCAACGAGGCGAGGAGUCAAGCAGUUGUCGACAUACCGAUCCCAGCGGAGGAUGCCUUAAGAGCUGUGCGAUCAUCCAUACGACAACAUUGGGAUGAACAAUGGUUUGCUUCCCGAGACCCAAAACUCAGGGAAGUCAAAUUUGAUACGUACCGUUGGAAAGAUCGCGAUAAUGGGGCAGACCAGCGUGUGCUAACACGGCUGAGGAUCGGCCAUACACGAUUAACACACGAUUUUUUGCUCAACAAAACGCCUCCUCCUAGGUGCGACUGCUGUGGAGUGAUAGUCGACGUCCGUCACGUGAUUCUUCGGUGCAGAAAAUACGACGAUGCUAGAAGGAUGCAUGACACAAAUUCGACGAGUCUGGGAGCUGCUUUAGGCAACGACGCAGACAGCGAAAAGAAAUUGCUGAACUUCCGUAAGGAAGCGAAUUUAUACAAACAAUUGUAA